GUCACGAUCACUGAAGUUCAGUCAAGACAAGUUGCUAAGAACACUUAGCAAUACUCAUAGUAGAAUGGCUCUAACUAUAUUUCAAAUAAUAGUUUUCUUUUCUUUUCUUUUGGUUCUAACGCAUGGCCGGCCAGCUCAGCCAAGUACUCGACAGACCGGGCUCUCAGAGUCCCUCAAACGAGCAAUAAAUUAUUUAACGAAGUACGGCUAUCUAAAGCCUAAGAAGACUCCUAACACUGUAGGUGUGAAAUCACAGAACCCUGACAAAAUCCACUCUGGAUUGCCUGAGAAUUAUUUAACCGACAUUAAUAAUCUUUUUGACGAAGUUUUUACUGAUAAAAUCCAACGCGAGGAAAGAUCGCUGGCAGGUUUUUCCCAAGACGAAAUCGAAAAAGCCUUAUUUAAACUACAGUCCUUUAGCCAAGUAAAAUUGACCGGUCGAUUAGAUGUUGACACAAAACAGGUGAUGACAAAACCGCGCUGUGGGCUCAAGGACAUGGACGUUCACAGAGACGAACUCAUGACGCAAAUUGCACGAAAAAUGAGUGUGAGAGUUCAUAAACGAGUGAGGCGUUACGUGCAUCAAGGCAGUAAAUGGAACAAGUUCAUCAUCAAAUGGAGUAUUCCCACUAACAAAUGGAGUACCAAGAUGACGUCUGCUCUUGUCAAGUCUACGCUGGCAGCUGCUUUUAGAUCUUGGGCAGAAGUGUCUCCUUUGGUCUUCCGAUAUGAGUCUAAUUCAGCGUUGGCUGAUAUUACGAUCCUAUUUGCUCAAGGUUACCAUGGCGACUUCAAAGCGUUUGAUGGAGCAGGAAACGAGCUUGCGCAUGCGUAUUAUCCACAAUACGGCGGUGACAUCCAUUUUGAUGACGCAGAGCCCUGGACCCCAAGAACAAGCGAUAGCACCCACCGGAGUCUGUUCAAGGUUGCUAUUCACGAAAUUGGCCACAGCCUUGGUUUGUAUCACUCGUCUGUAGCAGGAUCCAUCAUGAAUCCUGUAUAUUCCACCCUGGGGGAUAACCUAGGCGAUGAUGAUAUCAGUGGCAUGCAAGCUAUCUAUGGUCUAUGCAAUCCUCUCAGAAUCCGAAGCAUAGAGUCCUCAAUGCGUUAUGUCCAAACGUACAUCUUCAAAGAUAACAAUUACUAUAGAUUCGACGGCCUAAAGGACCGUGUCGCUACGGGAUACCCGCAACCAAUUUCUAAAUGGUACGGGGUUCCUGACCAAAUCGAUGAAAUGUUCCUCUGGGGUCAUAACUGGAAAAUCUACUUUUUUAAGGGAGCUUACUAUUACCGCUACAAUGAACAAGAUGACAGAGUAGACACAGGAUACCCAAGGCUGAUUUCUAUCGGGUGGCCAGGUGUACCAAAUGACAUCGAUGCAGCCCUUACGUUAGACGACGAUAUCAGUUAUUUCUUCAAGGGAGACUUGUGCUAUAAGUUUGACAACAAGAAUGAUAAGGUUGCCACUGGUUACCCGAGGAAGAUCUCGGUGGAAUGGCCCGGUGUUCCGAACAACGUGGAUACAGCGUUCCGAUGGUUGGACAACGGGGUUUUCUACUUCUUUAAGGGCGAAUACUUCUAURAAUGGGACCCGAAAACAAAUUAUGCUAACGGCACGUUUCGGAUCAAGCGUGGAUGGAAGAAUAUCUGUGAUGUGUAAGUAAGAUAAUAGAUAUGAACCUUUUCAGGAUAWRCGGUGUACUUAAUAAUGUGACCUGCAGUUUUUCRUUUUUCCUGGGCCCGCAUUCAUUUUGGCCACCGCCAAGAGUGUUCGAAGGAACAUUGGCUAAUGUAACAAUGGGAAAAAAUCUUUACCGACUGCCCAUUCUGUAAAAGUUCAUUAAAUAAUAUAACUAAAAAGAAAAUAUUUAUCACUGUCAAUAAUGUUAUCCAUUUAUCCGUUAUUUUAAACGCUAAAGACCGCAAGUGCAUUUCAAAUUAACCGCGUAAUGCCAAAGUUUUUUACACCACGUGGUCGAAGUUCAAGUCUAGUUUUCAUCACGCGGUGUAAAAAUAAAAAAGAACUUGCCCACUUGGUAUAACAUUGGAUCACGUGGUCGAUUUGGAAUGCGCUUGCGGUCUCUUGUGGUUAAAAUAACGGACGCUGCGAAGGCGAUACAAAAUCUGCCUCGGUCUUCUCUUCUGGGAAGAGUAGUAUACAGUCUUUUGACUAAACCUUGUUGUUUGAUCAGCAACAUCCCUACGCACCUAGACCAAACAGGAUCAUGGGGAUAACUCAUUCAGAGUUGCUAGCUGUCUCAUAUGUUAUCUAACACGU